AUGGCCUCCAACGUAAAGUCCUUCCAGAAAGUGCUGGAUUCCACAGCACUUGCGGCCACGAAAUUCAUCCGCCGACCACCGAUUGAUCCGGCCACACCAAUUCAAGGAAAGCCCCGAGUACCGGGCUCAAACGCAUUCAGAGAGCACCAGGAUAAGGAAGGUCGGCGGUUACAGAGAGCCUUGAACUCUGUCACCCACGGCAAGAACAUCUUCGUGUACAACAACAUCCGUACGAAACAGGUCGUGUACUCAUUGACUCGCUAUCUGGAGAAAACCAACCUUAUCAAGCAAUGUGUCUACCACGGCAAGAAGACUGUUCCCGCCACUGUCCGCAAGGAUAUGUGGGUUCCAUACUUCUCCGUGCACUUCAACGAAGCGCAAGUCGGACUGAACGUGUAUAACCACCUCCGCCAAUUCGCGCUGCUCCGCCAGCUCUCCCCGCCCAAGGAAAUGAUUACCGUGACAAAAGAAUAUCUCGAUUCGAAGCGGCCAGCAGACCUACGGGACCAGAAGCAAUGGGACAAGUUAAACAUGCCAAGACUGGGCCAGAUCAUGAUGAAGAAGGAGCGUGCCUACGCCCUCAUGAACCAGAAGGCCACCGCAGUUGCCGACGUUGCUUUCGUUCUGCAGAAGCACAAAGAACAUAUCCUGGAGGGUGUGCCAGAGAGCGCCAAGGGUGGAUACAAGACUGUCAAGGCCCGUAAGCGCAGGCGUGAGGCUCUCCUGCAGGAGGCUGAACGGGCCAAGGAACAUGAGAACCAAGUUGCAUCGCUCGAGGAGCAGCUGCAGGUCGAGAUUAGUACAGAUCACAACACCCCGGAGGAGGGUUCUGUCAAGAUCUUGUGGCAGGAUGCGUACGAUGCGCAGUGCGCCAAGACCUGGCCGGACUACGUUGAGCACGGCCAGCUGCGCUGGACUCGAAACCACAUGGUUGGACAGGAGUACCUUCCAGUUACCAAGGAUGAAAUCAUCGCCGAUGGUUCGUUUGAGCAGGCAUAG